UCAGCUGCUUUAAAAAUAACUAAUGGGUGGUCCUGAAAUAACAGAAGGACUUUUGAUUGGUUGCUGACCAAGACUGAUAAACUUUUCUCCUGUUUCUAUGCUUCUUCGCGUCUGCAUUUCUUAAAGAUAACAACUCGUACAGUGAUCUUUUGAUCUGGUGAGUAUAGCAUAAAAUAUGUGUUUAGUUAGUAAUUAUUUUCAAUCUGCGUGUGUAUGUCUGCUUUACUGUUUGUUUUUAUGCAUCUUUAUCUGCAGCAAAUGUCAGUUUGUAUGUCUAUUUUACUGCGUUGGUUUAUCACCUGUGUUAUUUCUUCAAAGCCUAACCCGGAACAAGGACUGCAAAUUAGCCAUGUCUACAAGUCCUAGAUACAUUACAUCUGUUGCACUUUAAUUAGAUUUAACAAUGCUUACAUGUAAUGUCCCUGACAAAUAAACAGAUUAAUCAAUAAACACAGCACUUUGCUCAUUGUGAGAUGUAUUUGGUGUGAGCUGGGGACAAACAUUCAUAUUUGAAGAUCAUUUGUGUGUUUGAUGUUAUAUUCAUUAACAGAUUGUAAAGUCUUUUUGGUCAGUGCUGUACUUAGCAGUGUGAUAACAGUUGUCUUAAAUCAACUCCAGCCUGCAGGGAAGAUCAAGAGAAAAGCUAGAAAAGCGAGAAAAGCUUCAUGUGUUGCUGUACUUGACAUACUAAGUGUUUUCUUCCAUCAUACUUUCUUUGUGCAUGAUGUUUAUUAUUGUAGUCUUACAUUCACUUUUAUUUGUCAGAGGAUUAUAGUGACUUUAUAACAUCUCUUUUAUUCCAGUUUUCAAGAAGCACCAUGGGGAAUCUUUCUGGCAGUAAACACAUACAUACAGAAAUUAAAGAAACUCUGGAUAGAAAUGAUCAAGACUUAGCUCGUGCAAAGAUCCAGGAGUAUUUGGACAAGGAGCAAAAUGUUCCUCUAAAUAUUGCUGUCACAGGAGAGUCUGGCUCUGGUAAAUCCACCUUUGUUAAUGCCAUUAGAGGUAUAGACAACAAGGAUGAGAAAGCUGCUCCUACUGGUUGUGUAGAAACCACCAUGGAGGUCACACCGUACCCUCAUCCAAACUAUCCCAAUGUGACAUUCUGGGAUCUUCCUGGUAUCGGCACCAACAAUUAUCCUGCUGCUAAGUACCUGAAGAUGGUUGGAUUUGAAAAGUUUGACUUCUUCAUCAUCAUCUCAGCUGAUCGCUUCAGAGAAAAUGAUGUGAAGCUGGCUAAGGAGAUUCAAAAGAUGAAGAAGAAGUUCUACUUUGUUCGCUCAAAGAUUCAUGAUAACAUACGUAAUGAGGAAAGAAGUCAGAGAGAGUUCAAUGAAGAAAGGACCCUGAUACAAAUCAGGAACAACUGCAUCCAGGGUCUUCAGGAUAUAUGUCUCCAGUCUCCUCAGGUCUUCUUGGUGUCCAGCUUUCACCUGACACUGUAUGAUUUCCCUCUGUUAGUGGAGACCUUGAAGGAAGAACUUCCUGAACUCAAGAAAGAUGCCUUUCUGCUUGCCAUGCCCAAUAUCAGUGUGGACAUGAUCAAAGAAAAGAAAAAGGCUUUCCAAGCAAAGGUCAAAUACUGGGCUACUCUAUCUGCAGCUGUAGCAGGUGUGCCAGUUCCGGGGCUUUCUAUGGCUGUUGAUAUAGCCUUGCUGGUCGGUGUUGUCACAAAAUAUGUUUUGGGGUUUGGUCUUGACAUCCCAUCACUGAAGAGAAUGGCAAACUACUCAGGUGUUCCUUAUGAGGAAUUGAAGAAAGUCAUCAAGUCAACUCUGAUAGCAGUAAAAGUAACUCCUGAACUUGUAAUGAGGUUGUUGGCUCAAUUCAGCAGUUUAGCUGUAUUACUGGCAGCAGAGGAGGGGUUCAGAUUAAUUCCACUACUUGGAAUCCCAGCAGCAGUGGGCCUCUCUUUUACCUUUACCUACAGAAGUCUUAACAUGAUCCUCGACAUGCUCGCUGAUGAUGCAGAGAAAGUAUUUACUAGGGUCCACUUGAAAACCACAGGGUGAUAUUGUUAAAGAAAUAGCAUUCAGUACUUAUUUGUCCUGUCAAAAUAAUGUGUACAUUUUGAUUUAUUAAUUGAAAUCACAUUGAAAAUAAGAUGUUAAAAAGAGAAAAAACAAAUUAAAUUAGUUUGUAAAUGAAAACAUUAAUGUGAAGAACUGACUACAGUGAAAAUGUAGAAGUUAGAAAUAACCAGCUAGAAAAAGAUAAAUGCAGACUGAGUAAGUCUAGCUGCAGCACAAUGCUUCUCACAUUAUUGAUCUAUGUGAUUCAUCUCAUCCUCAAAUGUUGUUUAUAUGAAUCAACUUUUGACUUUUAGCUGCACAUUUUAGAGAAUGUGCUUCAUGUUUUUUCAUUUUCUUCUGACGUCCAAUCCCAUUUAAAACAGUUUGUUUUUAAAUGUCUGUAUUACUGAAUAACUUUUAGCAUUAGAUCACAUUGAAAGAUGCCUAUUGAUCGUCUUCAUAGUGAUAAUGUUAUUUUUGUAUAAAGGUUUAUAAUGCAUGGAGCUUAACUAUUAUUUUGUACAGCUCUGCUGUUUUUAAGUGCUGUAUACUAAACUGAUUUAUAAUCCAGCUGCACAUAUCAGUAAUCUGUUCAAAUCAGGAAACAUGAGUGUUGAUAUCAAAAUGUUUCAUAUAACUGAUGUUCUUGAGUCUUUAAAUAAAAUCAUUAAAACAA